AUGGCGGCCAUGAUGACGAACGUCAAGUGCGUGAUCGUGGGAGACGGUGCGGUCGGCAAGACGUGCCUACUCAUAUCGUACACCACGAAUGCCUUCCCAGAGGACUACAUCCCCACCGUCUUCGACAACUACAGCGCGAAUGUGAUGGUGGAUGGGAAGCCGAUCAACCUUGGGCUGUGGGACACAGCAGGGCAGGAAGACUACGAUCGGUUGCGACCGCUCUCGUACCCGCAGACGGACGUCUUCCUCGUCGCCUUCUCCCUCAUCUCGCGCCCCUCGUACGAGAACGUGAAACAGAAGUGGUUCCCCGAGCUGAAGCACCACUGCCCAAACUGCCCGUUCAUCCUCGUCGGCACGAAGCUCGACCUGCGAUCUGAUGGGACCACGGUUGCGAAGCUGCGCCAGCAGAACCAGACACCGAUCAGUCUGGAGGAGGGGCAGGAGAUGGCAAAGACCAUCGGCGCGACAAAGACAGGAAUAGGACCGCUGCAAGCGGUGUGCAUGGCGUGGAGCGAUUGA